AUGGCGGCCUCCUGGAGGCUGGGGUGUGACCCUCGGGUGCUACGCUACAUCCUGGGUUUCUGCGGACGGCGAAGCCCGGGGCUGGUUAAGGGGGAUGCCGGGUGGUUUGUUGGCCGCGGAGCUAGUUGGAGAUGGUUUCACAGUACCCAGUGGAUGUGGGUUGAUCCUAUUAAGAUACUAAUGCCAUCACUGUCUCCUACAAUGGAAGAAGGGAACAUUGUGAAAUGGCUGAAAAAGGAAGGUGAAGCUGUGAGUGCUGGAGAUGCAUUAUGUGAAAUUGAGACUGACAAAGCUGUGGUUACCUUAGAUGCAAGUGAUGAUGGCAUCUUGGCCAAAAUAGUGGUUGAAGAAGGAUCUAAAAAUAUAAAACUAGGUUCACUAAUUGGUUUGAUGGUUGAAGAAGGAGGAGAUUGGAAACAUGUGGAAAUUCCCAAAGAUGUAGGUCUUCCCUUACCAGCUUCAAAACCAUCAGUGCCUCUCCCAUCACCAGAACCACAGAUUUCCAGCCCUGUUCAAAAGGAAGACACAUCAGGAAAACUACAGCUUCGUUUAAGUCCAGCUGCUCGUAAUAUUUUGGAUAAACAUGCACUUGAUGCUAGCCAAGGCACAGCCACUGGCCCUCGAGGGAUAUUCACUAAAGAGGAUGCUGUCAAACUGGUAGAGUUGAAACAGAUGGGCAAGAUCGCAGAAUCCAGACAGCCCCAAGCCCUUCCAGCCACUCCUGCAGUGCCUUUGCCCCCACAGGCCACCGCUGAGCCCUCUUAUCCCCGGCCACUGAUCCCACCAUUGUCAACUCCUGGACAACCUAAUGCAUUGGGCACAUUCACUGAAAUCCCUGCUAGCAAUAUUCGAAGAGUUAUUGCCAAGAGGUUAACUGAAUCUAAAAGUACCAUACCUCAUGCGUAUGCUACUGCUGACUGUGACCUUGGAGCUGUUUUAAAAGUAAGACAAGAUCUGGUCAAAGAUGACAUUAAAGUAUCAGUAAAUGAUUUUAUCAUCAAGGCAGCAGCUGUUACCCUUAAACAAAUGCCAGGGGUUAAUGUAAGUUGGGAUGGAGAAGGCCCAAAGCAACUGCCCUUUAUUGACAUCUCAGUGGCUGUGGCAACAGACAAAGGUUUAAUUACACCAGUCAUAAAAAAUGCUGCUGCCAAGGGUAUACAAGAAAUUGCUGACUCUGUAAGGGUCCUAUCAAAGAAAGCAAGAGAUGGAAAGUUGUUGCCUGAAGAAUAUCAAGGAGGAUCUUUUAGUAUUUCCAACUUGGGGAUGUUUGGCAUCGAUGAAUUUACUGCAGUUAUCAACCCUCCUCAGGCCUGCAUUUUGGCUGUUGGGAGAUUCCGGCCUGUGCUGAAGCUUACUCAGGAUGAAGAGGGGAAUGCCAAACUGCAGCAGCAUCAACUUAUAACCGUCACAAUGUCCAGUGACAGCCGAGUGGUAGAUGAUGAACUGGCUACCAGGUUUCUUGAACGUUUUAAAGCAAACCUAGAGAAUCCUAUCCGACUUGCCUAGUCUUCAAAGAUAAGAAGUUGGUCUUUGGUUCAGUUAAUUUUUUAAAUGUUACCAAGAAACAUACACUAUAGCAAAGUAAUUAGGAUAUGUAAGUAUGAAAAAUAUAAAAUGUUUAUUUAAGGUGAAAGAGUUUGGCCCAAGUUGUCUUCAUUGGAUUUAGUGUUACAGAAGUAAAUGAAAAGGAUAACUAAUAAAGAUGGAGAACAUUUUGUUGGACAGAUCCAUCUUUUAACCUCUGGUGCUAUACAAAAGGGUAUCUAUAAAUCAAAUAUUUUUGGUUCGUUUGAGAGUUUUAGACUAUUUGAGAAUAUAUGGUUAAUUGUUAAAAUCAAAAAAAUUGUUAAAACACUAACCUAAUUAUGGUGAAGUUAGAGGUAGUCUUGAAAGAGAUGUCCAUUAAUCUUAGCAGUGGGACCUCACUUUUACAAGCACUCCUCUAGAUUUACUUGAACAAUUUAAUAUGUAAAUAAGUUUAUUCUGGAAAACAGUAAAUAAAUAAUAAGAAUUACAUUGUAUUAGGGGUUGUGGCAACAUUAUUGAAUUUUUUAUGUAUAUAAAGCCAUAUAUUUAGAGUAAUUUUCUGUCAUCAUAUUUUUCAUUUCCAUAACACUGUGAACUUCUGAAGAUGAAGAAUAAAAGAACAAAAGUGGAGAGAAAGAGAGACCAAAAAAGUUGUUUGUGUUUGAGUGGAAAACUAUAGUUAGAGUAUCUAAACUUUCAGAUAUAAAUUCUUCACCCUUCAUGCUGAAGUGGAAUAUAUUUUAAUGUGUAAAUCACCCUGCGGAAACAUUUUAACUUAUUGUUGAUUUAAACACAAAAUAUUGUUUCUUGGUGCAUUUUAAUCAGUUUGUAUUGUGCAAAUAAAAUGUGAGAAAAUGUAAAAUACUGCAUCUUAAAUGUUAGCACCCAGAAGUUAAGAGAAACUUGUAGAUGAAUAAUCCCUCUGGAUCAGCUUAAAAGGUAUUCCAUAGGAGGAAAGGAGUAAUUUAUAAAAUUACUAUGACAUUAGGAGAGAAGCUGAUAGGGAAGGUAAAAUUUUGGAGACAGAGUGGAAGAAAACCCUUAUAAGGCAGAGCAGGUUAGAGCAAUCCUUUUUAUUCCAUCGAUAAUAUGAAUUUUUCACUAAUCAUUAUAAAGGUUAGAAGAGCUUAUUUCUCUUUUGGGAAGUUACUACAAAUGGUAAGAUAAAUGUGCUUGCAUUGCAUGGUAAUCAGUUUAGUUAACCAGUCACAGAAAGCUCAUGUUAGUAUCUGCGAGUAUGAAUCACCAAAAGAAAGAGUAUGUGGUACAAAUUGUAUGAUAAGACAUGAUGAACUUCUUAAGUCCUAACAAGAGAACCUUCUAAAAUAAUUAGAGCUCUAAUAUAUCACUUGUUAAGAAGAUGCUUACCUAAUUACUCGGUUUUAACACUCUAUUAAAAAUAGUUUUCAAAACUUUGAUCAUAUUACAUUAAUACUUCCGAAAAUUGUAAACAAAUGCUAUUUUCAAAAUAACUUACAAGUUAUGUCAUUUUCAAGGUUAGUUUUAACUGAAAUUAUUUGCUUUUUCUCUUUUUUUUCCCCAAGUAAUCAAGCAUGGCUUGGAGUGCUAUUUUCCAUGAACUAUAUUAUAUAAAUAGUGCAUGGGAUUCCCUGUAGGUGAAAUGGGAGUUGAUACCCACCCCAGUCUACCUGCACAGGAGAAAUGCUAUAUGAAUUUAAGACAUUUUAAUUCCUUAUAGCCACCACAACCAGAUUUUUGGUGUAAUAAAUUGCUUCUUAUGGUUUGACUUUUUCUACAGCUUUUAAAUACGUAUGCUUGUUCAUUCUGACUAGAAACAUUUUUUUUUAGCAUUUCUGAACUGAUUAGAUUUAUGUAAGAAAAUUGUCAUUUCUAAAAGUAAUUAUAUUGCAACAUGAGGUCAGAGAAUAACUCAUUUGAGAAUAGAGUAUGGCAUAUGUGGCUAGGAUCACUAUAACAAAUGGAUUGUGUUGCAUUCUCCUUUCCACAUCAUGCUGCUAAUUUAUUUGUAGCAUUAAUAGGUAGCAUGCUGAGUGACUGUAAAACAGGGAAUUUUAUAAGUCUGAAAGACCCUGCAAUCCUUCUGUUUGAAAUUUUUAGUUAACAUUUACAGACCCAGCUUGCUCACUAAGAAUUUUGUGCUAGAUUAAAAUCAUCAGUAUGCUGCUGGCCAGACUCCUUUGUGUGAAACAUUUACUAAUAUAUUAAUAAAUGCUAUUAUAGAUAUUUUAUAUAUAAUGCCAAAUAGAACUUAAUUUUUUUUGUUUAUGUAUUUUGGGACUUAAUUCAUAUAUGAAGGCCAUAUAUGGAAAUUGUGCUCAAAGUAAACCUGGUUUCCUAACCUUUUCAUGAGAUAGGUGAUGCUAUGAGUUAAUAUUCUAUAGAGAGUGGGAGAAAAAUAAAGAUGGCAUUUGAUCUUAGUUUUCAAGAAAAACUUGUCUUCAUUGCAAAUUAUAUUAUAUUGGACUUUGUCUCAGGUAAAGUGAAGAAAUGAAAGAACCAAGUAAGGUAAGAAUUAACCAUUAAUUUAAAUAAGAUAUUAUUAAUAAGGAACUUUUGUUGAUUUUUAAAAAAGGAAGUAACGAUACAGAAUUAUGUUACUAUGAGUCUGACCACAGUAUACACGGUAGAUCAAAGCAGGGAGAGGACUAGAGUCAGCCAGAACCAGCUGGAAGCUUUUGCUGCAACGAAAGCAUGAGUUAAUUAGAACUGGCAUUAGGUCACUGGCUUUGAGAAGGGAGAGAAUGGGGAGUAUUAGACCUGUUAGCAUGCUAUGGUGUAUUGUGAGUAUAUGGAGUGGGUGCAUGUGUAUAGUCAGGAAAUGAAGCAGCAUUGAUGUAAUUUCCAAGGAUUAUGAUUCUAGUAUGGUACUUACAGCAGGUGGUAUAUUUCAGAAGCCACUUAAACUUUGUUUGAAAUGGAAAAAGUAAGUCUUCCAAUAAAAUUGUUUAAGUA